CCAUCAGCACCAGAAAAUACUGCAAGUGUUUUGACACUCACCAGAGUCUAUCCCAAGUUGGAAGUGGGUCUCCACCAAGUCAGCAGCAGCCUGAAUGCCUCUCAACACAGCAGGGCUUUCAAUUUCACCCUCACACUCAAAGAAAUUGGGGAACUUGGGAUUGCCCUUCUCUGUCACACACGUACAGUCAUAGAAUUGCACACGCACUUGGAUCCGGAUCUCGUCCUCCAUGCCCAACACAGCCUCCAGAUUGGCCGGGUACGGCAACCCGUGGGACACAACAGCAGUUUCCAGGGCCACGACGCGACACGGCUCAGAUUCCAGGGUCGCCUGGACUUCCGGGUUGACCCGAAGGGCCGCCUCGAGCAUCUUCCGCUUGGAGGACACGCCGCCGCCUCCGCCGCCGCCACCGAUGGAGGAAUGCAGGCGGCGCCACGCAUGACGCACACCCAGCAUCACAGAUUCAAACAAAACACACACACUCCCUCUCUCCUUCACAGAACACACGCACUGGCUAAAAUGACUAACAAAGCAUCUGUUGACAGGUCAUCAUCCUUUUCUUCGUCUCCUCCUCAUCAUUCGUUCAACGUCAUGAUGACGACACCAUCGCAGCCAGUGACAAUGACGAGAAAGUACCUGGAUGAAAGGAAUGACAUCGAGAAUUCUGCAACGAAUCCCAGGGACCCAAUUGAAGUGUCCUUGCCUUGCCUUCCCGGGUACCGCUUCUCGCACCACCUGCUGAGGCCAGAUCACAAGAGGCUCAAUACACUCAAAUACAUCAAUGGAUAUCCCAUUCCAGUCACAACCACUGGCAAUGUCAGCACCACAACCACAGUCACCACACACAGACCAUCUUUGGAUCCCAGAGACGAUUUGGCCAAGCACUUCGCAGACAUUCCGCUUCCAUCAGCAGAACCACCACCGGUCCCAGACUACGUCCGUUUCGACAAGAAAACUCUGGUCUUCGACGCCUUCUUCGUCGAACAAAUCCCGGAGUCGAGCAUUGAGCAAGAACGAGUUCACGUGGUCAAGGUCUAUUACCAUCUGGAAGACGAUUGCAUCACAGUCAUUGAGCCCAGCAUUCCAGGUUUCGGGUUACAGGAGUACGACUUUGAAGAACCCUACUACACCUGGAAGGACUUCAAUCUUGGAAAAACACUGAGUUUCUUUUCCAGAGACUACCGACUUUGCCGCUGCGACGAAUUCACUGCAGAAUGGUUAGCCAGUGAGGGGAUCGAAGUGAACCCACCGGAACCAGUUCCGGAUCCCACACCGCCUCCCCGCGAGCGCCCGAGAAGCACGUCAUCACGCCCGCCAUCUUCCGGCAGACGACCGCAAGCUCCGCGUUCGUCCGGUGAAACCGUUCUCCGCUUCUUCGCCGUUUGGGAUGACCGGAAAUCCGGCGGGGACUUGAGACCCUACGUCAUUCACUAUUACUUGAGCGAUAGGACACUGGAGGUGAAAGAGGUCAACUCACCGAAUGCGGGUCGAGAGCCGUUUCCGCUGUUCCUAAAGAGGUCGCUGGUGGUCAGGGAUGCCCGACAAAUCACAGCACCGACACCUGGCGGCACAGAGAGCGAAGAUUUCUUGACAAUCACUGAUUUGGGCAUUGGGAAAACUGUGCACGUGCUCAACAGACCCGCACAAAAUGGCGGCACGAAGAAAAAUUCCGAAGCUCGAUUACACUUCCUUUUCUUUCUCCAACAUAUUCCCCAGAACGGAUUUUCAAUACAAAAAACAGCCUCCACAACAAUAUUUUCGGAAGAUGAAUGUAAUCCAAAACAGUACACGAAGUUCUUUAUUUACGACUGCGACGAAUCCACUCGGAAAUUCGCGGCACAGCAACUCGGAGAGACAAACCUGGAGCCUGUGGAUAUCUCGGAACCAAAACGCCCAGAGCCAGAAAGAGAAAUUCCACCACACACUUUCGGGAUAGGAACUUUCGAAGAUUCGGAACAAUCCUGCAAGUCUCUCCAACCCACGGCACCGAAGAAAGACUACAAUCGCCUAUUCGCCUACGGAGACAAAGUCCUGCGAUUUGAAGCUUAUUUAGCGCAUGAACUCGACAACGAAUUCGAUGGAGAACACAGAGGUCCUUUCGUCAUCAAAUACUUCAUCGCAGACGACACAAUCGAAAUCCACGAGCUCAUAAACUUAUACGGAGUUCGACGCAAAAGCAGGAAAUUCCUGCGCAGAAUGCGAGCCCCAACACCCGAACACACGAUCUGCAAGCCCUGUUACUACAACAUCAAUGAUUUCAAAAUUGGUUCCACCGUCAACAUUUUCAACAACGCAUUCAAAAUCACUGGGACCGAUGUACACGCAAUGAGAUUCGCACGGGAAAACCAGGAACUGUUCCAUUCCGACACGAUCCACAAUUUCGAGGUUUACAUGGAGGAAAGAUUGAAGGCUCUCAAAGAUCAAGGCGAAGAUGGCACACGGGAUAAAAGAGAGGAAAACUACACAGAAGAUGAAGCACCGCAAGAUAGCCUCCCUUAUGCCAAUCAAGCUCUGAUUCUUGCGCCUUUCCCAGACGCUUGGAACACUGAAUACAAAGUCAACUACGCCAAGCUAGAAUGAACGUCUGCCAGUCUCCUUUCGACGGAAAGUUCCUUCUUCGUCACCUCUGCUCUGAUCCACUUUCACCAUUCUCUACUUCCAGAAAAGCUGUACAUUACGUAGUCAAAUUACUGCCGGAAAAAAUUUCUCGUAAUCGACAUUUUUGAAUAAGACUUUUGAUGGAGAACAAUGGGCCAAACCGAGGAAAAUCUUUCAGAAACUUCCGUUGGUUUCCAAAACGCAAACGCCCACCCCAACCAGGUCAAGGAGAUCAAAACGAAGAACCAGGCGAGAAAUACAACCGCUAUAAAGCUCUUGAAAAAAGGUACACUCAAGAUGGGCUUUCGCUGUACGCCACUUUGGAUGUUGCGAAAGAGGCCGACACGGAGGAAAUCCGAAAAUCUUACCGGCGAAAAGCACUUUUGUAUCACCCCGACAAGAAUAUUGAGAAUCCCGAAGAGGCCGCUGAAAAAUUUAAGGAUAUCAACUUUGCAUACAGGUACUUUUUAUUUCCGGAAACAUUUCGACGCUUCUCCAACACGCGGUGGAAGUUAAGCUCCAAUUUCUUCAAACGCGCGGUGCAUGGGCAUGUUUUGGGCACACUGUCACUCACUUGUACAUGGUGGUAGUUCAUACAUCAGGAGAUACUACUUGGCUCACGAGCCUCUGCAAAAGCGCACCUUUUUUCAUCAUAUGCACACUGAUAUUCUUUAUUCACCUGCGAGAAAUUUGCAUUAAAAUGCACUUUACUGUUAAGGGUUUUGACUGAUGAACACAAGAGGAAAAUUUACGACAAGCAUGGAUCACUGGGUAUCAAGCUGUCAGAGGAAGAAGGCGAUGAUUUUGUCAACGCAUAUUUCUUCUUCAAGCCUCUGUAUCGCAGAGCGUUGGCAACAUUCAUAUUCAUAGCAACACUGGGCUGCUUUGGAGGAUUCUGCUGCUGCUUUUGUUGCUGCAUAUUUUGUUGCAACUUCUGUUGUGGGAGGUGUAAACCGGAUGGAAUCGACCAUAGUCACGGUUUCAAGCCAGACGACGAUCCUUCAGCAUCAGACCCGGAUCAUGUGUUCCACCCAGAUCCCAACCAGACGACGUACCCGCACACGACGUUCGUCUUCACCAUGCCUGCCCCUAGUCAAGCGCCACCCGGCAACCAGAGCAGUGCGCACGAUCAUCCUUUUCACGGGAAACCCUCGAUGAAUACACAAAGCGAUUGCAAAGAAUGCCGGCCUCCUUCUGUGGUGGACGAUCAUGCUAGCUUUUGGCAAGACCAACAGCCCCGACCCGGUUUGACAAAAGGUGGAAAACGUCGCGCUUGAGAGUUUCAUAAGAUGCCAAGAUUAACGCGAGUGUCGAUCACCAGCAGCAGUGAACUUUCCGAUAGUGCGCGUGAGAAGCUCGAAAUGUCACGAACUUGGAAAAUAAAAUGCCGUCUUGAAGCCCAA